AUGUGGUGGAGGAGUCAUGUGACUGAGGCAGUGCAGGCUGCUGCCAGGAGGAAGCUGGACUGUCUGCCUGCUGUCCUGCGAUGAUCGCCCUGCAGCUGCUUCUGCUCCUUGUCCUGCUCCUAGCAGGGGCGGACGGAGCCUGGAACCAAAGACAGAUCCGGAAAAAAAUCCACCAACUGCGGCAGGUUGAGAACUUCAAAUCCUUCUACAGUCGUCUUGGGUUUCCAAAGGGAGCCCCCCUCUACGUGCCCCCGGUGGAAGGCUAUAUCACACAGCCCCUUGACCACUUCAACAGGAGGAACAAUGAGACGUAUAGACAGAGGUACUGGAUAAAUGAAGAAUUUUGGAAACGCCCUGAUGGACCGGUCUUCCUGUUUAUUGGAGGAGAGGGUGCGGAGUCUGAAUUCUCGGUCUUGGCAGGCGAGCACGUUGAGUUGGCUCAGAAACAUCAAGCGCUCCUGGUGUGCCUUGAACAUCGUUAUUAUGGAGCUAGCAUCAAUCAAGAUGGCUUGACCCUGGAAGCAAUAAGGUUCCUGUCCAGUCAGCAGGCGCUCGCAGACCUGGCCUCCUUCCAUCUCUUCGUCUCUCAGAAAUAUAACUUGACUCAGAAGAACACUUGGAUUUGCUUUGGAGGCUCCUACCCUGGAUCCCUUUCUGCUUGGUUUAGACUGAAGUUCCCACAUUUGGUGUAUGCAGCUGUGGCCUCCUCUGCCCCGGUCAGAGCAGAACUGGACUUCACCGAUUACAACAAGGUGGUGGCCCAGAGCUUGUCCGAUCCAGUCAUUGGAGGAUCAGCCAAGUGUCUGGACAGAGUGAGGGAGAGUUUCCAAGAAGUGGACUCCAUCCUUCACACGGGGAACGUCUCGAAACUCGAGAAAGACUUCUCGUCCUGUUCGCCUCUGCAAGCCCCCGAUGAUUACGCGGAAUUUGUCAGCAACCUGGCGGAUAUAUUUAUGGGAGCCGUGCAAUACAACAUGGAGACGCCGGGCAGCGAUGUGAGGAAGAUCUGUGAGCGCCUAGUCGGUGCAGAAUCGGCAUACCAAGGGCUGAGACUUGUCAAUUCAGUGUACAUGGAUUACAUAGGACUGCAGUGCGUGGAAAACUCCCAUGAGAAGUCCUUGUCGGACCUGAGAAAUACAAAGAUAAAUCCGGUGGGAGUUGGGGAGCGGCAGUGGUAUUACCAGACGUGCACAGAGUUUGGCUACUAUCAGACUUGUGAGGACAGUUCUUGCCCAUUCUCCCCACUCAUAUCCCUGAAGUCUCAGGUGGAUCUCUGCACAGAAAUCUUCCAGAUCCCGGCAGAGUCCGUCCGUCAGUCGGUCAAAUUCACCAAUGAAUUCUAUGGAGCCGAUCAUCCCAAGUCCAGCAGAAUAAUCUUUGUUAAUGGUGACGUAGACCCCUGGCACGCCCUCAGCGUGUUGAAGAACCAGUCCCGCUCGGAAAUCGCCAUCUUUAUCAACGGGACUGCCCACUGUGCAAACAUGGGCCCUUCUCGCAGCACCGAUCCUCCAUCCCUGCAGAAAGCUCGAGAGGAAAUUGCCAGUAAAAUUGGCGAAUGGCUACAAAGCGCUCGGAGGACAGAGUGACGUUCAAAUACCAAAAUGUUUUAAAAAUCACUGGA